AUGUCGCAGGAGCUGGAAGACGGCGAGUUCUGGCUGCCGUCGGAUUUUCUAACUGAUGACGACGACGACCUGUUGCUGGACAUCAAUUUCAAGCCCCAACCCCUGAAGACGAAGAAGGCGGCCAGCAGCGAUUUCUGCCAUUGUUGCGCGAGCUCGCCUGGUUUCAACUGGGAUCUGAGCUCGCCGGUAGACUCUGUUACUGGCUCGACCGGGACGGAGAGCGACGAAGAUGACUCCGUCGCCGGAUUAGCUCGUGAGAUGGCGCGCUCGGCUUUCCUGGACUCCGAUUCGAUCCCGGGCUGCAAUCGAAAGAAUGGGAAGCUAUCGAGCUCUCCACAAUCGACUCUGUGCGGUUGCAGACGGGAACCACGCGCCAACCGCGUGUCCCGAGUUCCGCCGCCUCCGGCGGCCCCCGCCGGAAAAACUGCUGAGAAACAAAUGUGGCGAGGAACGACGCCGUUUCAGUCAGCCAAUCCCUUUGCUCCGCCGAUGAAGCCAGGCUCUGUUUAUUCGCCGGCCGAAAAUUCGAACCUGAGUCGGACCGAAGCUCAAGCUCGUCUCGCCCAUUUGCAAUUGCAAGCGGUUCAAGUUCAGACGAUGGCAGCUCGAGGUUUACCAAUGGCGGCUUGGCCUAGUCUGCAACAGCAGCAACAAUUCCCUUCCGGCUCAGGGACAAGGCCGGUUUUUCUUGGGGAAACCGGCUUGAACAUAGCAAGGACUGGGACCGGCGUGUUUUUACCCCGACCCAAUGGAUCCAAGUCCAACCCGACCGAAACUCGCGGGAAACAAGCAGCAACAAUUCCCUUCCGGCUCAGGGACAAGGCCGGUUUUUCUUGGGGAAACCGGCUUGAACAUAGCAAGGACUGGGACCGGCGUGUUUUUACCCCGACCGAAUGGAUCCAAGUCCAACCCGACCGAAACUCGCGGGAAACAAGUAUUGGUACCAAAGCCGGUGAAGAAAUAAGGACUCGGGCCCUCUCAGACACAGGAUACAAGCCCGCGCUCGGGCCGAGCAAGACCGCAAUCUUGACACUAAGAUCGGAAAAUUUCGAAACAACUCCAAUACUCCAUCGGUGA